AUGGCCACUUCAUUAAGUUCUAAACUGAGCAAAGCUGUGAAGCAGCAGUACAUGAGUCUCCCUCAGGGAGAUAAAGUCCAAGCCAUGUACAUCUGGAUAGAUGGAUCUGGAGAGGGGCUGCGAUGCAAGACCAGAACUUUGGAUUUUGAACCCAAGAAGAUUGAGGAUCUUCCUGAGUGGAACUUUGACGGCUCCAGCACCUAUCAGUCUGAAGGCUCCAACAGCGACAUGUAUCUGAUCCCUGCAGCCAUGUUCAGGGACCCCUUCAGGAAAGACCCCAACAAGCUGGUGCUGUGUGAGGUGCUCAAGUACAACUGCAAACCAGCAGAGACUAAUCUGCGGCACACAUGUAAACAGAUCAUGAGCAUGGUGGAAAACACCCACCCGUGGUUCGGUAUGGAGCAGGAGUACACUCUGCUGGGUGUAGAUGGACAUCCCUUUGGCUGGCCGUCCAACGGUUUUCCAGGUCCACAAGGGCCUUAUUACUGUGGAGUGGGUGCAGAUAAAGCAUAUGGACGGGACAUAGUAGAAGCCCACUACAGAGCCUGUUUGUACGCCGGGGUCCAGAUCUGUGGUACCAAUGCUGAAGUCAUGCCAGCUCAGUGGGAGUUCCAGAUUGGGCCGUGUGAAGGUAUCAACAUGGGAGACCACCUGUGGGUUGCUCGCUUCAUCCUUCACAGGGUUUGUGAGGAUUUUGGCGUGGUGGCUUCCUUUGACCCCAAACCCAUCCCAGGAAACUGGAAUGGUGCAGGAUGCCACACUAACUUCAGCACAAAGGAGAUGCGAGACGAAGGCGGGCUCAAAAUCAUCGAGGAGUCAAUUGAAAGGCUUGCAAAGAGACACAGAUACCACAUCCGUGCCUACGACCCCAAAGGUGGGCUAGACAACGCCAGACGUUUGACCGGUCAUCAUGAAACCUCAAAUAUCGAUGAAUUCUCCGCUGGUGUGGCCAACCGGGGAGCCAGCAUCCGCAUCCCUCGUGCGGUGGGGCAGGACAAGAAGGGUUAUUUUGAGGACCGCCGUCCGUCUGCGAACUGUGACCCAUACAUUGUCACAGAAGCUCUUGUGCGCACAUGUUUACUCAAAGAAGAAGGAGAGGAGCCAGUAAAUUACAGCAAAUGAGCAAUGCAAGACAUUUUUAACUUUGCAAAAUACUUGUCCUAACUAGUACUGUAUUUAGCCUUGUCUUUUUCAAGACUUCAUGAUCUGUACCUUUGUAAUUUUUUUUUACUUGACAGAUGAAAUAAGAUUGAGGUUUUCUAGAUUGUAUGUGAACUCUGUUGUAUACAGUAAAUCCUUACCUCUGACGCAACACUGCCUUUUUGUUAAGA